GGUUUUUGUUUGCCCUUUUGGACUUUCCGGCGACGUGGGGGUCGUCGCCGGUAGUUGAAAAUGUCGUCAAAUGAGGAUAAAAUUACGGAGUUGCUGCCACCGUUGAUGGGGCUGGUGGAAAAGCGUUAUCCUUCACCACUGGCUUCUCAUGAGGAUGUCGUUAAGAAUCCUACCGUCUUCUGGGAAACCCUCCGGCGAUUUCAUUCUGUUCUUGGUACUAAGUUCAUGGUUCCGAUUAUUGGAGGGAAGGAGCUGGAUUUGUAUCUUCUGUACGUGGAAGUUACCGGGAGAGGUGGUUUUCAGAAGGUGGUUAGAGAAAAGAAAUGGAGGGAUGUGGGUGGAGUUUUCAAGUUCUCUCCCACCACAACAAGCGCUUCUUUUGUGUUGAGAAAGCAUUACAUGAGCCUCCUCUAUUACUAUGAACAGGUCUACUUCUUUAAGCUACAGGGUCCCUUGCUCACUCCUACUGCGGUGUCGCCGACUCUUAAGAGCCCAUCUUGCAGAUCUGUAAUGUCUGAUCGCAUGGAAUCUGCUUCUGAGUCCAUACAACAGACGCCAAACCAGCAGCUACAGCAACAACUGCAACUGCAUAUGCCCCACAAAAGGUCGACAAGCUCGCCUUAUUUGGAUACUGUAGAUCCUCCAUAUUACCCUGUAAUGGGAACCAUUAAUGGGAAAUUUGACUGUGGCUAUUUGGUCACUGUGAAAUUGGGUUCUGAUGUCCUCCAUGGAGUACUUUACUAUCCUCCAGCAUUGGGUUCUUCUUGUUCUAUCCAGACCGACAAUGCAAUUGUGCCUUACAACCCUGCACUACGGCAUCAGGGUAGGAGGAGGAGGAGGAGAGGCAGAAGGGGUGUAGACCCAAGCCACCCAAAACCAAACAGGAGUGGUUACAACUUCUUCUUUGCUGAAAAACAUUCUAAUCUCAAAACCCUCUAUCCAACAAGAGAAAGAGAGUUUACCAAAAUGAUUGGAGAGUCCUGGAGUAAACUCAGCCCAGAAGAAAGGAUGGUUUACCAGAACAUUGGAUUAAAAGACAAGGAGAGAUACAAGAGAGAAUUGAAGGAAUACAAAGAGAGAUUGAAGCUUUUGGAGCCAAUGGAAGUUAGAAGAACUGAACCUCCACCCAAAAAGCUGAAAUGAUAACUAAGAAAGCCAAAGAAGAUAGACUUAAGAAAGCUUCCUGCCUAAUGAUUCUAUACAAUUUGUUACAUUUCUUGGGAUUGCUUCUAUGUUCUGCUCUUUGGACCUUGUACAAAUGACUAUUCACUGGUAAGUUAACCCAUCUCAACCCUAUCGUUGUAUUGUCAAAUGCUAAGAGAAGAAGAAUAGUUUGUU